AGUGUUCCCCUGUGCACCUGGCAGAGACGAGCCCCAGGAGCUACUGCAGUCCCAGCCCAGCCAAUCUGGCAGGGACCGGGGAGGAGGGAGCUGAUCGGCGGGAGCUCCCGAAGCUCCCAGCGCCGCCGCGCGGAUCCGGGGCGGGCCGGGGGAAGAUGGCAGCCGCCGCAGAAGCCAUCGCCUUGCGCUUGGCCCGGCAGGAGGAGGAGAUCCGCUGGUUAACAGCCGAGAUCGGCCGCCUGAAGGAGCCGGAGCCGGAGCCGGAGCGCGGCCCGGGAAGCUGCAGCCCGGAGCUGCACAGGCUGAGGGCGGAGAACGAGAAGCUGCGCUACCGGCUCCUGCACCUCCGGCGCAGCCUGACAGCUGAGCUGGGCCGCGGGGAGCCGCGGCGGCCGGGCCCCGCAGGAGGCGGGAAGAAUACCUCCAAUGCAGGCCUGACUGGUGCCCAAAAUAAGAAUAAAAAGGAGAAGAAAAAAGAAAAUGAAGUUGUGAAUGGGCUUAGGAAUGAGCUGCAGUGUGAGCCAAGCUUCAUAGACGACAGGCUGAAGCUUUAUGAAACACUGAAAAAAGAACAUGAUGCCUUGCUUGCUUACAGAGCAUCCAACCAGAGCAAGCCUAUAAAAGUGAUUCUGGCUGAUGGUAAAGUCAUUGAAGGGGAAUCUUGGAAAACAACACCAUAUCAGUUGGCUGCAGGAAUUAGUCGAGGACUGGCUGAUAAUGCAGUAAUAGCCACAGUGAAUGGUGAAUUGUGGGAUCUGGAUCGUCCAUUGGAGGGAGAUUGUUCCCUGGAGCUGCUUACAUUUGAUAAUGAAGAAGCUCAGGCAGUUUACUGGCAUUCAAGUGCUCACAUCCUUGGAGAGGCCAUGGAAAGUUAUUAUGGAGGCUGUUUGUGCUAUGGGCCACCUAUUGAGAAUGGAUUUUAUUAUGAUAUGUACAUUGAAGACAGAGGUGUAUCUAGUACAGAAUUUCCUACAUUGGAGAACACAUGUAAAAAUAUCAUAAAAGAGAAGCAGCCUUUUGAAAGAUUAGAAGUCAGUAAGGAGAUCCUAUUGGAUAUGUUUAAGUAUAAUAAGUUUAAAUGUCGUAUCCUGAAUGAGAAAGUUAACACGCCGUCUACCACAGUAUACAGGUGUGGUCCAUUGAUUGAUCUCUGCAGGGGCCCACAUGUGAGACACACUGGAAAAAUUAAAGCCUUUAAGAUUUUUAAGAAUUCUUCUACAUAUUGGGAGGGAAAGGCUGACAUGGAAACAUUGCAGAGAAUCUAUGGAAUAUCCUUCCCUGAUAACAAAAUGAUGAAGGAAUGGGAAAAAUUCCAAGAGGAAGCCAGAAAUCGGGAUCAUAGGAAAAUUGGAAAGGAGCAAGAACUUUUCUUCUUUCAUGAUCUUAGUCCAGGAAGCUGUUUUUUCCUCCCCAAAGGUGCCUUUCUUUAUAACACACUCAUGGAUUUUAUACGAGAGGAAUAUCACAGGCGUAAUUUUACUGAAGUAGUAUCACCUAACAUCUACAACAGUAAACUCUGGGAAGCAUCAGGUCACUGGCAGCACUACAGUGAAAACAUGUUCUCAUUUGAUGUUGAGAAGGAAACAUAUGCCCUUAAGCCCAUGAACUGUCCAGGACAUUGCUUGAUGUUCGCUCAUCGCCCGCGCUCAUGGAGGGAAAUGCCUAUUAGACUUGCAGACUUUGGGGUUCUUCAUAGAAAUGAACUCUCGGGGACUUUGAGUGGUUUGACUCGAGUCAGGCGUUUCCAACAGGAUGAUGCACACAUCUUUUGCACAAUGGAACAGAUUGAGGAAGAAAUGAAAGGCUGUCUGAACUUUUUGAAGUCAGUUUAUGCAGUGUUUGGUUUUACCUUUCAAUUGCAUCUUUCUACAAGACCUGAAAACUUCCUAGGAGAAGUAGAGAUCUGGGACCACGCAGAAAAGCAAUUACAAAACAGUUUGAAUGACUUUGGAGAGCCAUGGAAGUUGAAUCCAGGAGAUGGAGCAUUUUAUGGUCCUAAGAUUGAUAUUAAAAUCAAAGAUGCUAUUGGCAGGUACCAUCAGUGUGCUACCAUCCAACUUGACUUCCAGCUACCAAUCAGAUUUAAUCUUACUUAUGUUGGUAAGGAUAGUGAUGAUAAGAAAAGGCCAGUGAUCAUUCAUAGAGCUAUUUUGGGCUCAGUGGAGAGAAUGAUAGCUAUUCUAGCAGAAAAUUAUGGAGGAAAAUGGCCUUUCUGGCUCUCUCCUCGCCAGGUCAUGGUUGUCCCUGUGGGGCCUACUUGUGAAAAAUAUGCUCAGCAGGUUUGCCAUGAAUUUUUUGAAGCAGGAUUUAUGGCUGAUGUUGAUCUAGAUCACAGCUGCACAUUAAACAAGAAAAUAAGAAAUGCACAGCUUGCACAGUAUAAUUUUAUUUUAGUGGUUGGAGAAAAGGAAAAAGCAAAUAAUGCUGUCAAUGUGCGAACAAGAGACAAUAAGAUUCAUGGAGAGAUUUUGAUAACAUCUGCCAUUGAAAAACUAAAGAAACUGAAGAAAUCACAUGUUUUAUAUGCAGAGGAAGAAUUCUGAAAUGGCUGCUAACUGGGAGCCAUGUUAACUCUAAAUGAAGCUGAUUAUUUUUCCUCCUCUCUCUAAUACUGUUGUGCUUAUUUGCAAGGUCUUUGAAUUAAUGCACAAAAAUGGAGCUGAUGUGGGUGCUUUUGGGAUAGUGUUAAAGAUAGAUGCAAACCUUGGACUCCUCAAGCAAUUACAUGAAUCCAUAGCAACUGGAAAAUUCCAUUUAGAAAAUAAACCUACACCUAUGCUACAAAAUGUAUUGUUUCUGCUAUAUAAAUUAAUA